AUGGUUCACAAACGAAAAUUUAGCUUAAAUCUCGACCAUGUACAACAAGAAGAAGGAUUAGAAAAUCCAUCAACACCAUCAAUAUUAACUCCAUCGAAAGUAAAACACUUUCGUCGACAAUUUAGUGAACAAAAUUUUGACGAAGAGGUCCUAAUCAAUCUGGUUGACGAUGAAGAAAAACAACAACAAAAACCGUUAUUAUUAAUUAAUAGCAUUGAAAAGUUACCAUAUAAAAUAGCUGAUAUCAAUCUAGCAGAAUUAGGUCGAAAAGCAUUGUCAAUGGCUGAAGCUGAAAUGCCAGGAGUUAUGCGAUUAAGAAAAAUCUAUGCUUCAAAAAAACCAUUGAAUGGUGUUCGUCUUGCUGGAUGUUUACAUCUAACAGCACAGACUGGCGUCAUGAUCGAAACAUUUCGUGCAUUAGGUGCCGAGGUUCAAUGGAGUUCUUGUAAUCCAUUGUCAACCCAAGAUCAUGUUGCAGCUGCACUUGUUAAAGCUGGCAUACCAAUUUAUGCCUGGAAAGGAGUUAUGCGAUUAAGAAAAAUCUAUGCUUCAAAAAAACCAUUGAAUGGUGUUCGUCUUGCUGGAUGUUUACAUCUAACAGCACAGACUGGCGUCAUGAUCGAAACAUUUCGUGCAUUAGGUGCCGAGGUUCAAUGGAGUUCUUGUAAUCCAUUGUCAACACAAGAUCAUGUUGCAGCUGCACUUGUUAAAGCUGGCAUACCAAUUUAUGCCUGGAAAGGUGAAACGGAAGAAGAAAAAUUAUGGUGUAUAGAUAUGACAAUCUAUUUUGCUGAUGGUCAACCAUUGAAUGCUGUUUUAGAUGAUGGUUUUAAUUUAACUCGAAUUAUACAUGAAAAAUAUCCACAUUUGACAAGUCUCAUUCAUGGUUGUAGUGAAGAAACAACAGCUGGAAUAACGAAAUUACGUAAAUUAUUCAAAGCAAAUAAAUUAAAAAUUCCACUGAUUAAUGUCAAUGAAAGUGUUACAAAAUCAAAAUUUGAUAAUAAUUAUGGAUGCGGUGAAAGUUUGAUUGACGGUAUUAAACGAGCAACAGAUGUUAUGAUUGGAGGAAAAGUAGCCGUUGUUGUUGGAUAUGGUCAUGUAGGCAAAGGAUGUGCUAAAGCAUUGAGUAGUUUUGGUGCUCGAGUUAUUAUAACUGAGAUUGAUCCAAUUUGUGCUUUACAAGCAGCAAUGGAUGGUUAUCAAGUCAUGACGAUGGCUGAAGCAUGUAAAAUAGGUCAAAUAUUUGCAUCAGCAACUGGCUCAACAGGAUUAAUUCGCGGUGAACAUAUGAUGGAAAUGCGUGAUAUGGCUAUUUUAUGUAAUAUUGGUUCUGGUCAAACUGAAAUUGAUGUUGCUUGGUUAAAAGCUAAUACAGUAAAAAUUGAAAAUAUUAAACCACAUGUUGAUAUUUAUCAUUUGCCAAGUGGUCGUGCUGUUAUUUUACCAGCUGAUGGUCGUGUUAUUAAUCUUUCUUGUGCACAUGGAAAUCCAAGUUUUGUAAUGAGUAACUCAUUUUCAAAUCAAAUUUUAGCACAUAUUGAAUUGUUUACAAAGAAAGGUCAAUAUUCUAUUGGUAUUCAUACACUUCCAAAAAUCUUGGAUGAAGAGGUGGCCAUGGCACAUUUGGAUUAUUUGGGAGUUAAAUUAGAUAAACUGACACCAACACAAUCAACAUAUAUCGAUUUACAAGCAUGUGGUCCAUUCAAACCUGACUAUUAUCGUUAUUGA